AAACCUUGGGGGUUAAUGAAAUCAGGAAGAUCAUUGGGGCUUAAUGAAAAUCCCAUUCAUUCGAAUCGAAGUCUCAAGCCGUCUUCCACAUCUUUCUGGAAUCCCCUUGCAGCUAAAUAUGAAAAAAAAGAUGGCUUUUUGAUGAAGGAAAAUGUCAGCUUCUUCAUCUUCCAAAGUUUUAGCAAGUAAGGUAGCGCCGGCCGUUAAACGCCAAGCUCUAUCCGUAACGAACGCUGCAGCAACCAGAAUCCGUCAACUCCUACAGCAGCGCCAACGGCCGUACCUUCGUCUUGGCGUCAGGGCUCGCGGCUGCAAUGGCUUAUCUUACACUCUCAAUUAUGCCGAUGAGAAGGCCAAGUUUGAUGAGUUGAUUGAGGACAAGGGUGUUAAGAUACUGAUUGAUCCAAAGGCCCUGAUGCAUGUUAUCGGAACAAAGAUGGAUUUUGUAGACAACAAGCUCAGAUCUGAGUUUGUUUUCAUCAACCCCAACUCAGAAGGGCAAUGUGGUUGUGGAGAAUCCUUUAUGACAGCAAGUAGUUCAGAGGCUGCUAGGCGAGGUCGGAGUUGAGGAUUCUAACAAAUGGACUGUUAAUAGAUUUUAUCUCUAGCUAGUCUUACGCAUUUUAUGCUUAUCCAAAAUGUCUCGCGGUCAAAAUGUACACUUCACUAGUGAGUUUACGUUCCCAUAACACCUCAAAACUGCCAAGAUGUAAACAAAAGUGAUGACACUACCAUGUUUAAAAAUUUGUGGAGUUAUUUCGGUAGCAUUUUGAUUUCA